AUGUCUGAUACUACAGCUACAACUCCAGCUCCAGUUACAGAUGCUGCUCCAAUUGCUACUACCCCAGCACCAGCAGUCUCUGAUGCUGAGCUCAUCGAGAAGAUCGUUAAACAAGUAGAGUACUACUUCAGUGAUUCAAACCUCCCCGCUGACAAGUUCCUCAAAGGAGAGGUUGCUAAGAACCCCAACGGAUUCGUCAACAUUGAUAUAAUUGCAAGCUUCAACAAGAUGAAGACUUUGACAUUGGACCUGCAACUGGUCUCCGACGCUUUGAAGAGCUCAAAGAAGUUGGAGGUCAGCGAGGAUGGAAAGACUGUCAGAAGAGUCGACCCACUGCCAGACACAGAGUUGAUCAACAAGAAGACCCUUUACUCAAAGGGAUGGCCUUUGGACACCACCACCAUCGAGACUGUACAGGCCUUCUUCAAGCCAUACGGCAACGUUCUGUCGGUCCGCUUGAGAAAGCAAAAGGACAAGACCUCGUUCAAGGGCUCCAUGUUUGUCGACUUUGACUCUGAGGAGAUCGUCACCAAGAUCAUCGCCGAGGCACCCAAGCUCAACGACACUGUCGAGCUCAUCUACCAGACUCACAAGCAGUUCUCUGACGAGAAGCUCGAGCAGACCGCCGCUCGCGCUGCAAAGUUUGGCAACAAGCGAAAGGCCAAGGAUCAGGGCUCCAAGCAGGAGGGCGAUGAGGAGACUACAGGUGACAACGCCGCCGACGACACCGCCGCCGGCUCCAACAACGAGAUGGUCCCAGGCACCCUGCUCACAUUCAAGGGUAUUGGCGAGGGCCUUAACUUUAGCGAGAUCAAGACUGCCUUUGCCCAGUACGGCAACGUCGUCUACGUCGAUUAUCAAGAGAAGGAGGACAACGGAAUGGUCAGAUUCAGCUCUGCCGACGCUACCAAGCGCGCAAUGGAGGCUUUCAUCGCCGAGAAGAAGGAGUUGGGCGGCAAGGUCCCCGAGCUCGCUAUUCUCGAGGGAGAGGAGGAGAAGGAGGCAUGGGAGGAUCUCUUGGCCGCCAGAAAGGCUGCUGCUGGCAAGGGUGGAAGAGGCGGACGUGGUCGUGGACGUGGCGGCCGUGGUCGUGGACGUGGUCGCGGUGGCUUCAAGAAGCAGAGAUCAUAG